GUUCCGAUGAUUCUCCUUCUUCAGAUCGAAACGCCAAAACUCAAACUUUGAAAAUUUCAAUUCAUCACAUUGCAAGCCAUCAUCUCCUCCUCCUCCUCUCAGAAAACCCUAAUUUCUUUCUCCCACAGCUUCGCACGCCCCUCAGAACCUUCCCUGUUCUUGCACUCGUUUCAAAGAAAAGCCUCCGAAGCUGCUAAAGCGUCUGGUAUUGAUCUGAUCUAACAUCUCAAGCUGCAAAUUGCGCAAGUAUGAGCUGUGAUAACGAUGAAGAUCACAUAAACUCGUGAUUAACCUUUGAGAUGAGUCGCUCUCCAUCCUUCUCCGUGAAGCCCGAGCUAACCAUCAAACCCGAUCUCGCCUCUUUAUCGCGAUGGGUCCACUCCUUCUGCAUAAUGAGAUUCGAUCUCGAGCAAGGCCAGAUCCUAGAAGAGUCCUACCCGCCUAACCGCCUCUCCCAAGAAGAAGAGAUCGAAGUCUCCUUCAACUCCUUCCCCGACUCCGUCUCCCAGAAACAACACAACCGCUCCAGCAUCCACGACUGCAUCUUCUUCUUCCGCUUCCGUCGAGACAACAACAACAACUACUUGUACGGUUACGUGUUCAACAGGCAGAGACACGACGAGAGGCUGAAACGAGGAGGCGAGCAGAAGUCCGUUGUCAUACUCUCCCACGCGCCUUACUCUAGCGUCUUUCGUCCCUUGCUUCAGAUCAUCGGUCCUUUGUAUUUCGAUGUUGGGAACAAAGCUAUUGAACAUGUAGCUGGCUUCGUCUCUUUAUGGCCUCCUCCUGUUCCCGGGAAGCUCAUGGAGCUUCCCAUUGGUAACGCCACGCUCAAGGUCAACUUGCCUCCUCCUCAUAGCCUUCCUUUGGAGAAUAACGGCGUGUUGUAUGAAGAGUCUGCUUCCUCCAUGGCUCCUUUGCUUCCUACGAACCAGUCUGUUCCUCAAGGGCUUUUCCACGACGCGGAUCUGUUUGGUGUUUACAGAGGGCUGUUGUUGCAGCUUUGGACUCUGUGGGAGUUGUUAUUGAUUGGGGAACCUAUUCUCAUUAUAGCGCCGACGCCGCCGCAGUGUUCUGAGGCAGUUGCUUGUCUUGUGAGUCUUGUUGCGCCGUUGUUUUGUAGCGUUGACUUUAGACCUUAUUUCACUAUACAUGAUCCUGGCUUUGCUAGACUAAACUCGCUCCGGGAAGGAGAUGCUUUCCCUCCUAUGGUUUUGGGUGUUACUAAUCUCUUUUUCCUCAAAGCGCUUCGGAACAUGCCGCAUGUUGUCUCUGUUGGAACUCCUUCUCUGAACUCAAACCGUGUGCCGUUUUCGAGUAGGUCUUCUGCUGGGAGAUUACCCGGUGGUAAGUCUUCUGAAGGGUUAGGUGUUCAGCAGCUUUCCUUGAGAAGAUUCUCUCCUACAAACUUGCUAAAUGCGGUGAAGCUUAGGAGAGAUGGACCGUUGUGUCUUAUGACGGAGCACAAGGAAGCUGUCUGGACGAGUUACGCUGCGAUUACGAAGCCGGAUACUUCGGUUUUGAAUAGGCUUGUUGAUGCUGGGAUGUCUCCGAGAGUUGAGGAGUCUAUGUCUGUUGUGAAUAAUGAGAUUCUGCGGCGGCAUUUCUUGGAGUUGACUACCAACUUCUUGGCUCCUUUUGGUCCGUACUUUCAGGUUAACGCUCCUUCUGAUGGAUCUUCCCCUUAUGUCGCCCCUCCUCCGCUUCCGUCCUUCAGUGCUGAUGAGUUUCUUUCGAACUUAUCCGCGAGAGGUGUGGGGAAGUUUUUGUCUAAACGCAUGAAAUCAAACUGGCCUGACUUGUAUAGGCGGUUUCUACAAGGGCCUAAUUUUGUCCCAUGGUUCCAGAGACGGCGGGCUGUAGCUGAGCAAGAACAACGUAGAUUGUGGAAGGUGGCUAGAAUGAGGACUGAUAUGCGGCUGAUUACAUCUCAGAUGAAUGAAUUGGAAGCUGUGGAUUCCUUUGAUGCCAUUGAGAAGUACAUUAAUGAGGAAGUCAAGUUGAGGGAAUCAGGAGGAGGCAGUGCAGAUUCAGAAGCAAGUUUUGAGAAACUGAAGAAGGAUUUACAGGCGGUGUUCAGUGUACUACCAAGGGACAUGCAAGAACUUUUGCUCUCAAAUCCGCAAAGAGCAUCACUUCUUCAAGAUCCAUCAGAGCUCCAAUGAUUCAUCUUUUUUUUUUUUAUCUCUAGAAGAAUUCUGGUUUCAUUCUCGUAUGUUCGAUUUCAUUCUUUUUAACAAUGUGAAAAGAAAAUUCUUCAUCUUCUCUAAUUGUUUCUUGGUUUCUUUUUCACGUAA